AUGGAGAUGACCGGAAGACUACUUGUUGAGACCGGAAAGGUGGAUGUUAACUCUGAGGACUCUCAAUUUAGCGAAACGCCUCUCUCAUGGGCUGCAAGCUAUCGACACGAGGGAGUAGUCAAGCUGCUUCUUGAAACUGGGUGCUGGGCUAGCAAGAGGGCUAAAGACACGGAGGAUCCUGAAGUGCCCCUGAGUUGUAUAAGUCCAUAUUCAACACUGCAAAGUUUAAGGUACCUCGGCACCUCGGCAUUGAUAGGCGCUAAGCCUAAUCAGGUCGUGCAGGGCACCUUCCUCGCUGACCAAUCAUCUUCCACAUCACAAUUCGCGACAACCCAUAUUUGA